CCAGCAAUGACUAUUUAUGGCGGCUCGGCCUCUCCGGUGCUCCCAUCGUAUCGAACUGUGACGGUGAAAUCGCAUGGACACCAAAUGAUGGGUCCGACGAUGCCCACUCGCCGAGCGGAAACGGAAGUGAAUUAUUUUACGGUCCGACCUUUGACGCAGCCGUUGUAUACAAGGACUCAAUUGAACCCUAUUAAGGAGGGUUAUGCAGUGCAGCUCAGAUCUCCGGUGGUUGUGAAUAGACAGUUGCCGAGGAGCCCUAUAGUGUCACCGAGACUUCCAGCGCCUCGAACUGUGAUGCCGGUGGAGCGGUAUAGAGCACCGUUGACAACGCCUAGUCUAGCGUAUAACACUCCCGCAGUUGGGUUUAGAACGCUGGUGACUCCGGUUCAACCCCCGGUAGCUGUACCUAGUACCUGUGGUCCGAUUAUGUAUAGGCCAGUGCGUAGUUAUCACAUGAAGAUGCCAGCGUUGGAUCAGUCUCUUAAGACGAGUGGCCCUAUCCAGUUCCCAUCAUCAUCAUUUAUAUCUACUACUCCUGCUACGGCGGCUCAGUCGGGAGCUCAUUUGUGGCAGAGGAGAAGCGACAGGUUGUUGAGUUCAAACGAUGAGUGGCUUGAUGAGAGCCUAAGUGUUCCGGCUGGCAUACGAGCGGCUUUGGAAAAGUUGGCUCCAGGUGGGAGAGGCAACCGACUGACUCGACAUAUCCUCGCCCCUGUGUUGGAAGGGAGCUAUUCUACUGUGGGGUAUUACGAUAAACGCCGUGUGGAGAAUAAUUUGAGACGACUCGUUGAGCACGUAGAGGAGUGGUGGAGCGCAAGAGAGGAAAAUGAAGUCGACUUCGGCACCUUAUAUGACAAGUUUAUUUGGGUUGGACUUGUGGCCAGCGGGGUUAGCACUGAGUGA